AUGGCUGCUCCCGCCGAAAAGACCGUCCUUGACCUCAAUGGCAACUGGAUCAUGAACGCCAAGCUGUCCGACUCCUCCGACGCCGUCCUCAAGGCGCAGGGCGUCAACUGGCUGAUGCGCAAGGUCAUCACCAUGGCCACCGUCACCCUCAUCGUCACCCAGACCAAGGACGCCGCCGGCAACGUGCUGCUCGACAUCGAGAACAAGCCCAGCGGCGGCAUGCCCGGCGCCGUCGAGAAGCGCGUGCUCAACUGGGAGCCCGUCGAGCUCAACCACACCCUGUUCGGCAACAUCCGCGGCCGCUCCCGCGUCGCCAAGCUGUCCGACCUCGAGAACGAGUGGCUCCGCGGCGGCUGGGAGGAGGGCGCGGAGGAGGUGCUGCACUUCCGCACGGAGCACAUCGACUCCAAGGGCGUGGUCACCCAGCAGGUGCUCGGCUUCGUCCGCGUCGAGGGCGUGAGGUACCAGGCCCGCCGCGUGCUGGUAACCACUGAGGGUGCGCCCGACAAGAAUGUCGAGAUCACCAUCAUCUACGACUACCUUGGCACCGGCGAGGUCUCCCAGUAA